AAACAGUAUGGCGUUAAGAUGGCGAUUUUAGCGAAACAUCACCGACGUAAAAUAUUUUUUGGAUGAAGGAAAGUAUCAUGUAGAACACGUGCUUGAGUUGAGAUUGUGAAGGAGACGAUUGGAGAAGGAGACGAUUAGUAAAGGAGACAUUUGGUGAAGGAGCUGUUUAAAGAUGGCGAAGGUCGUCCGUGUUGAACAGGUGGCUCAUCCUGACGAUGGCAUCAAAAGUCUCGACAAGAAUCUUGGCUUGACUGGAGAAAGAGAUGUUUUCCACGAUGAUGGUGAUAUGCAGGCAGUUGACAUUUUUGGUGGAGAAGAUGAAAGUGUGAAGCAGCUGGAAGGUCAAGACACAAUCUGUGCACUGCCCGACAACUGGCCAAAGAUCCCGGAGAUAGCGCGGCGUCGGAGCUGUGAGUUGAUCAAGUCGAGUACCCCGUGUGUUAAGAAAGCCGUAUCCCACCUGGAGCUCAUACAGAACGUCAUAGAUGACUCGUUCAAGAAGGCGAAUGAGGGGACAGUCAGCAGGAUCUCCAACUCACAGGAGUCUCUGAAGUCAUGUGUGGUGCCCAACAAGAAGCAGCUUCGAUUCGCGGAGAGCCGAGGUCAGAGUGCGUCGACAAAAGGUCACACUGACUCGGUCUCCCAGCACUCCAGUAGCAGCUCCCUGUCAGUGAAGGGGUCAGGCGCACAUGUCGAGGAAGAGGCGGUGCCGGUGGCCGAGUCAGAGAGCCCGUACCUGGGUGCCGACGAGGUGAUCAGCGAGGUGAUCGUUCUGUUGGCACGGCUCGACAAUGAGCGCCUCGAAACGGAGAAGAAACUCCACUUGGAGCAUGAGAAGGUGGCCAGACUGAGCCGCAAGAUCGACGACCUGUGUAUGAGGAGACUGAGAGACCUGCCCAUCUUAGUACAGAAAGAACAUGAGGCAUGUAUUAUUGACCUGAACGAACUGCAGUGGCACGUAGCGUACCGGCGGAGGAUGGAGAAACGCAUCCGCGACAGAAUGGAGUCGGCGGAACUGCUCAACACCCGAUACAAAGAUGAUAUCGCCUUUGUGAAGCGCCACAUCCCGCUUGUCCAGGAGAAGUUACAGCUGGAGGUGGAAGCCAUGGACAAGAUCAAGAGAGCACAAGGAGAGACCGACCAAGAACUCCAGGUGACCAAACAACGGCAAGCGAAGACUGAACAGAAGUCCGAGGAAGCUGCCUCUAAGGCUGAGACAGAACGAGGAUACAUUAAGAAAGAACUUGACACAGUCCGUGAUAAUCUCAGUCAAAUCAGUGAGGAGUUAUCGGAGGCCAAGAUGCAGUACAAUUCGUACGUGUAUCAAGUGAACGACAUCAAACAGCAGCUCAAAGACAACAGUGAGGAACUGAAAGUGCUCAAAGUGAAAAACGAAAACUCCAAAGUGGCCGAGGAGAUGCAAGCAACAAAGGUUCGACAGAUCCAGACGAAAAUAACAGAAGCAGAGUUUGAGAACCGGGAGUUGGACAAUGACAACACACAACUGCAACAAGAAUUAAAGAGUUUGAAACAGCGUAAUGCUCACCGCAAGUUUCACCUUCAGACGAAGGUCAAGGAGCUGGAGUCUCAGCUUCGCGUUCUCCGCCUCAAGAACCAGGAGGCCAAGAUGGAGAUCGACGACUCAGACGACAAGAUCAUCCAGUUGACUCGCCUGAAAGACUCAGACGACAAGAAGCUGAAGAGCAUGGUGCGCGACCUGGCGAAGAGCGAGGCGCUGCUGCUGACCACGCUGGAGGAGUUCGACAGUGUGACCGUCCUGCACGACAUGGCCAGGAACAAACUACAGACCAAACAGGGGGAGGCUUUCAGGAAGGAGGAGGGACUCAAGAAUGCAGUGGAGUCUCUGAGGAAACAGAUGAAGGAAGAGAUGCACACGAGAACCAUCCUCCAGGCUCGCAUUGGGUCCGACACCGUGGAGAUUCUCAAAACCAGACAGGACUCGGCCGGCAAGAAAGAAAAAGCUCAGACUAUAGCAUAUGAGGUGAAAAAUGCUGUCAAUAAUGUCCUCGAGAAAGUGGAAAAACUAAGAGCAAGCAAACAAGUAAAAGAUCAACGCAAGACUGAACUGAAGGCCACUAUCGACGACAUGAAAACGCAGCAUGAAGAAAGUACGAAGACGUUUAUGGAGAAGAUCAGUGUGCUUAAGCCUCACCACACACACCUCAAGGAGGACGUGUUCAAGAUACAGAAGCGUCUCGACCACAUCAAGUGGCAGUCAGACGUGAUGAAGAAACAAACAGACGACAUGGACGCCUCAUCGGCCAUCAUGAACAAAGUCCAGAACAGCACGGAGAAAAUAGUGAAAACGCUUGCAUCAGAACUUGAGGAACACACAUUACGGCUGAAUGCAUUCAAGAAGAACCAAGAUCAUCUGCUGGAGACAUACCAGAGUCUGGUUGAUCGUAACCGUCAGAAUCGCCGCAACCAUGUCCGACUGCUAGAGGACCGGCAGGUAGUCCUCACAAGACACGAGAAUGAAAAGAAGGUAGCUCUUGUUCGAAACAAGGACUUGGCCUCGCGGUAUCGCCAGCUUCAACUGGAGUUCUUCAAGAAGAAGGAAUUGUUGCUGCAUGGUUACGAUGACCAAGUUAAGUCUGAGAGUGCCCUCACAGACGUCAAACAGCUGCACGCCCUCCAAAAGCGGCUGCACUGCGCGCUGGCCGAGUACUACCGACUGAGCGGCCAGUUCAACGAGGCUGAGCUCCGGAAGCUGAAGGGUGAGUCGGCUGUGAAUGGGCAGCAGAUCGGAGUCCUGCAGGACCAGCUGAAUGUGGCACUGAGCAACAUCGCUGUCUUCCUCAAGGAGCAGAUGUCGGCCAACAACAACCAUUCACAGACGACCGGCGAGAAUCCACAGACGACCGGCAGGGGUCCACAGGCGACCGGCACAACCAAGACAAGUUCAGUCGGCCCAGACGUCGUCCCGACGCCGAGUUCCCACCAAGUGAUGGUGAGAUGAGGGGAAGACAAAUAAGGUCGUCAGUCGUACUGACGGACUCCAGUCUGUGUAUAUUGUGACAGUUUAGUUUAUUAAUUUUGUGACGUUGUUAUUAAAUUACAUAUUAUUUUCAGCUUUUUGGCCAAAAAAAUAGACAUGUAUUUUUAUAUUUAAUAUAUAAUAAAAAAUGAAUGGAACUAUAAUUAGUGAAAGUUUUGUUAAUACAUGCUUUUGGAUUUUAUUAUUUUUUAAAGUUGCCAGUGAUUCUGAAUGAAAUGGACACAUGAAAAUCGAAGUUAUUAAAAUAAAAUCAGGCCAUUUGUAAAAACUUCAAACCAUUGUAGUCUAUUUUAUAAACCGAGAUGGUGGUGAGAGAAAUAUACAGGUGUGUUUAAAUUUCUUGUAAUUUACAAACAAAAUAUUUAUAUUUUCUCAAAGUGUCAUUACACUAGUCUAGUUGCCGUUGUCUCUUCUACAUAUAUCCAAAGACCAAAAGUGUUUUCACAUUUCCCAGAUAAGCAUUAUUUUAUAGAAACUGCCUUUAUAAUUAUUAUCUGCCAAAGAAACACGUAUGUACAAGUGAAUGUAUUUUUUUAGUUAAUAUUUGGUUAUCAUUCUCCAUUUGGGGAAUGCAGCACUUUGUAAACUGUAUACAUAAAGUGUGUCUAUAACUUACAAAUUUAAAUGCUUAAUAGAUGUGGAUAUUGUAGAUUUGUACUGAAAGAAGGAGGAAUACCCUCGACACAUUAAGCUAAGGGCAGUUCCACGCAAAUUGUCCCCAGGGGUCAUAUUUUCCCAAAAAGAAAGGGGUUUUUAUUACUUUUUGCGACUGCUUCAGGUGUUGUUACAUGUCAACCUAUGCAAAAGUGUCUGUUCUUAAAGUUUUACAGCAUAAACAGUGACAUUUGUUUGUUGUUAACUCAUCACUGAUACGACUGACAUAUCAUUAUGUAACAUCACUUUUCACUUUAAUUUUAAGAUUAUAGUUGCCACUCUAUAACAGCACAUUCAGUCAUUGACUUGUGGAAUACAUGAAAAUGUGUUUGAAUUUCCUUAACUCCUUAUCAUAGCCAUGGGUCUAGUGUACAACGUAAUCAAUAGAAAGUAAAGAAAAUAGUGCAUUAUGUGGAUGUAUUUUGGUAAAUGGAGAUGUUUUACUUAUUUGUCAUUCCAUAAUGGCGUAGAAUUGCACCUAAACAGUAAAACAUUUUUAGUAAAAAAAAAAUUGAAAAAUAUUUUGUAAAAUUAGCUUGUCUUAACAAUAACAAAAUGCAACCAACUAAAGUAAAGACUUAUCCCCCAAAGUGUCAAUAAAUUGCCAAAUUACCUUUUUUUGGUGCUUUUAUUAUAAAAUAUAUUAACAAUAUUGAACUUUUUUUCUUGUUGUUCAUUUGGCGAUCAACAAUUUAAGUGAUGGUAAUAGUGCUGAAUAUACUGCUGAAUUUCAACUAUUUGGCGAUCAAAAGCUGAAGUGAUGAUAACAGGUACUGAAUAUACUGCUGAAUUUGAACUAUUUUUUGAUCAAAAGCUUAAGUGAUGGUAACAGGUACUGAAUAUACUGCUGAAUUUGAACUGUGAUAUCUUGUACAUAGAUGCCUUUAUAUUUACCAGCUUAUUUUAUUAUUGUAUUUACUUAAAUGUCCAUCUUUUGAGACUGUAUUUGUGUUGUUUUAUUUCUAAUUAAGACUGUGAUCAUUAUUAUAAAUUACAUGUACUGGGAAUUCUUGUGUUUAAGCCUUUCCAUGUCACUCUAUGUGCUUAAGUUUAAAUCUGUGUGGAGUGCUUUUUUCUCUGGUACAUAGCGUACGGAACAUCACUACAGAUGUGAUUGUUAAACUGUGUAUAAUUACCAAUUGUAUUUAUGUUUGCACUGGAAAAUUAAUAAACAGAAUUAUAGAUGAGCAACAGUAACAACAUGUUUGGUUAGUAAUCUAUAUGACAGUUUUAUAGAUGAGCAACAGUAACAACAUGUUUGGUUAGUAAUUUAUAUGACAGUUCUAUAGAUGAGCAACGGUAACAACAUGUUUGGUUAGUAAUUUAUAUGACAGUUUUCAUUUUUAAGCCGAUGCAAGCUUAAAUAAUUUGGGUGGAAUCUUUAUCUCUGCUUAAAUUCAAAUUGAAAUACAAUAAUUCCUAGUAAGUUUUCCAGUAUUUGCAUGGGUAGUGUGUAUUAUGAGUGGUAUUGUUGCCAUAUAAAAUAAAUAAAUAAACCACUUGUAUUGAGUUAUUGCUGUGGAAUGUAUCAAAGAAUGAGAGGCAAGAACUGGUUAUAUCCCCUCGUUACAAAACUUAUUGUUGUUCAUUAUUUUAGGCUUUUUUCUUCUUUUUUGUUGAAUAUAUAGUUCAUUAUUUGGGGGACAUGCUUGUAAUAUGAGGGAUGGAUAACUAAAGAAGUUAAGUAAAUAAAUAAAAUUGCUUUCUUUUAUGAUUUUCAGUAUUUUUCAAAGGUUAAAACAUAUUAAUUUGAAAAUAUGACUGUACAUAACCAAUUUUGGUUCUCGGCCAUCUGUAUGUACAGUUACAGAUAUUGCUUUACCUGUGUGGUUAAAUAUAUUUAUUGGAAUUUGAAAAGAAAACAACAACUUCCAUUAGUGAACUAAAAAGCAAUGUUUCAGUCUUGUAACCAUGUUGUUUUUGGUGUGUGUUAGACAGGAUUAAUAAAAAUGGAAACCAAAAUGAGAAAAAA